AUGAUAGGUCUAUACGAAGGUAGAUAUAAUAUGGACGAAGUUUACGAAGCUGUUGGCCAGGAUGAUCAUUUUGGAGUCAGUGUCUUGAAGAUGGUGGUUCAGAUUCUUUCUGAUCGUUUGCCUUUCUUGGAACGGGCAAGUAAAAAGGGUAAUUCCAUCUUAUUGAACCUGGGAGAGAUCCGUAUGGUACAGCGUCCACUGUUGGAGCCAUCUGGGAAGCAGACUACCCUGCUGAACCGAAGAUGCCUCUUGUGUGGACAAAUCUGCUGCGAGGAAGAGGCACCUGUUGAAGAAGUUAACCGGGAAGAAGAGCCACUAAUUGGCAAAGCUGACGGUGAAGAUGACCCUUUUCAAGACGAAGAAGAUCCUGUUGUGAAAGACCCUGCGGAAGAACCUACCUUGGAAGAAGAGGUUCUUGCUGAACCUGUCUCUGACAACGCUCUUCUUGAGGAGGGACUUGUGUAUGAAGAAGAGGUCUCUGCUGCGGAGGCUCCUUCGGAAGAAGUUGUCCUUGAAGAAGAGGUACCCGCUGAAGCACCUAAAUAUGAAGACACCGAGAAGUCUGACGAAAUUGUCCAGCUCCGUCUAGUCAACGCUUCAGUUGCAGACUUAUGGUUAUAUACAGGCUAG